AUGGUAUUCAAGUGGAAUAUAGAUAUCGUGCUUAACAAGUAUUUACCUCCUAAUCAGGUUCAUAAGUUCCCGCAGCCGCUCAAACGGUUUCUUGGAGGUCAAAACAUUAAAAAUCGUCAUGAUUACUUAAUCUGGUUAGAAAUACUUAUAUCUACAUUCUGUGGGAUUGCACUUUUAGAAGGAGUCUUCAAGUCUCCAAAUAUUUUCUCAAGUCAUCAUCAUGCUCCAAUGAUUAUUGCUUCCUAUGGAGCCACUGCUAUUCUUUGUUUCAAUGCUAAUCAGGCACCGUUGUCGCAACCUCGGAACAUCCUUAUGGGGCAUUUCAUAUCUUCUUUAAUUGGUGUCUGUUUCGAGAAACUCUUUCUGUUAAGCCAUUACGGUAGAGACAAUUAUUGGGCCUGUGGUGCACUCAGUGUCGCUGUCUCAUCGGUAGCGAUGUCGUUACUUAAUUGUGUUCAUCCUCCCGCAGGUGCUCUGGCAUUACUUCCUGCAGUAGAUGAACAAAUUAGAGCUAUGAGUUGGUGGUACCUUCCAGUUCAGAUCAUCUCUUGUUUGUUGAUCAUGUGCGUUGCUCUUAUAUUCGGGAACAUAAUCAGAGUAUAUCCAAUGUACUGGUGGACUCCUGCAAAUUUAGAGAAAAAGUCGGAGGAAACACUUAUGGAAAUCGAGCGUACUAUAUCUCGGCACAGUACAACUAGGUCUGUAAACCCCAUGGACGAAGCAACCUCGGGUGAACCCUCGGAUUUGGAAAAACAGAUUGUAUUCUCUCCAGCAGUUGAAGAGGUGGUGAUUUCGCCAGAUUCCAUUCUUGUACCUAAAGAUUUGGAUCUAGAUGAAAUUGAAAUCGAUUGGUUAAACACUAUACAAAGGAAGAUCAGACUUCGGAAUGGAGAUGUUUAG